UCAAAUCUGAGAAGAAGCUACAUUUUCAAGUAGAUACUUUUUGUUUUACCGGAACUUAGUAUAUCAAGUAGUAUUUACUGAAAGUACCUACUUCUUGUAGUAGAUGCUACUAAUUUGAAGAGGAAUUUAGUAUAUGCUUGACUUUUGCGAAGUUGGUAUAAGUGCAACUUCAGAGAGAAUACUACGGUUUAGUAGAGAAAACGUAUCUUACCUAGCGAAUAUAUUUCUCCCAGAAGUAAAUGAAACUCGAGGCGGUGCUCUUACAAACAUCCAACAAAUGGAAGUAUUUUUAAGAAGCUUAGGAGACCCUGGAUUUCAGCUAGGCGUUGGACUUGAUGUUGGGAUUCAUCAAACAACCGUUUAA